AGUUAUACUUUAAAUAUGUCGGAUGAGGGAAAGCUUUUCAUCGGAGGUCUGAGCUUCGAGACCAAUGAAGAUUCUCUGGCUGCAGCUUUUGGCAAAUAUGGCACAAUUGAGAAAGUCGAUGUUAUCAGAGACAAAGAGACCGGCAGAUCUCGUGGUUUCGGCUUUGUCAAGUACGACAAUGUCGAUGAUGCCAAGGAUGCUCUGGAUGCCAUGAACGGAAAGACACUUGAUGGUCGGGCAAUUCGAGUUGAUGAGGCAGGAAAGGGUGGCCGCUCCAGAGGAGGGUUCAGCUCCGGUCCACGCGGGGGUAGGUUCAGCGGUGGUUCCCGGGGGAGGGGAGGACGUGGCUUCUCAAGGGGUGGCUACAACAGCGACAGAAGCUACGGUGACAGAAGCUACGGCGACAGAAGCUUUGGCGGCAGUGACAGAAGCUUUGGUGGUGGAUACAGAACUGGAGGUGGAGGAGGAGGAGGAUAUGGUGGUGGAUACAGCAGGGAAAGGGGGCAGGGUGGAUAUGGUGACCGCUCUGGAUCCUAUCGGGAUAGCUAUGACAGCUACGCAACACACGAGUAAAGCUCCCUGAUUCAAGAUCAUCACUUGGCUGGCCGUAUUUGAAAGCUGUGCUCCUCAAGGAAAAACAUGUCCACGUGUAAUAUGUAGUUCUGUUGUAGUAGCUUGGCAUCUGAAGUAAAUGUAGCCACGAGUUUUGGUCAAUGCUCAACCAUGUUACAGAUUGAAAUUCAGUACUCUUGCUCAAUUGGCUACUCCUAACGUUCAAGGCUUUUUGUAUAAAAUCUACUGUACAGCCCCCUUUAAAAUGGGGAUAAAGCAGCUAUCCACAUUGCUUUUUUUGUCGAUCAGUUAAUCAGCUAUUUUUUUUUUCGUCCAGCACUUUAAAGUGUUUUUGUUUUUAUAAAAUCUUAAUGGGGCUUUUUGUUUUCCUUGUUGAUAAACUGACCUACCUCCUACCAAAUCUUAAAACUGAGGAAUAAAUGGCAUACUCAGAUUAACCUUUGGGGGAUUUUAUUGUUAAAUUUCUUAAACUAUUGAGAACCUAGCUUACCCAAGGCUCAUUUUGUGUUCAAUCUCCCAAAAGAGUGAAUUCCUGGUGAACUACACAUCCGAAGUGGCCAGCUGUUCAUGAAGUUGCAAAAUGCAGCAUGCUACAGUCUGCCCCAGGUAUCUUCUGUGCUCUGCUCAACAUCUGCAUCUUAAUGUGCUGUAAAUGGACUCUCUUGUUUAAAGUGAUCAGAAAAUGUAACUUCGUUACCAGAGUAACCGAACGGGAACAGUUUUUUGUACUUUAUGUUCUUUGUAUGAUCCAAGAAUUUUUUUUCCUUUGUCAGUUUGGCUUCAUGGAGCCUAUUAAAACAAAAUGUGAAAUGA